AUGUCAUCAGAAAGAAUGACGUCGUCCAUGCCUAAUAGAGUGACUGGAGGAGAUCAGGUUGUUUUACAAGGAGGCAGUGCUACUUUUCCUUGUCAACUGGCGGCAACAACAGACACUAUCACCCAAAUCACAUGGGAUAGAAUGACGAAAGAAAAUCCAAAUGGCAAAGGCUUUUACGUCAUCCAGGCCAACAAUGGAGGAUAUAAUUAUAAAAUCCUUGAUAACAGAUUCACAUUUAUAGGAAACUUAAAAGGCCACAAUGGAUCUCUCACAAUAGCGAAUGCCACGCUGAUGGAUGAAGGGAAUUACACGUGCAUAUUCACCCUUUACCCCAGUGGAAGUUUCCAGACUCAGAUGAGUCUUGAAGUCAAAGUACCUCCAGUCACACUUGUCAAAGAUGACUUCCCAGUUUUGUCAGAAGAUGAAGCUCUUCUUGCUACCUGCCUGGCAUUUGGUUCUAAGCCCGCAGCACAGGUGGAGUGGGACACGGGCAAUCCUCCAGUAAGACUGAGGGCAACGACUAAUUCAACCCUGCAUGACAAUGGUACAACAACAACAGUUUGUUACCUGUUCGGGACACCUAUCAUAGAAAUCAACAAUCACACCGUCCAGUGUGUCAUUACCACUUCAGCUUUGUCUGAGAAGAAGACAAUACCUUUCUCAUUAAAUGUUUACUUUUCCCCCAGGUAUGUGAGCAUCACAGAAGUGUCUGAAAACUCAUUUAGCUGCAAGACUAAUGCCAAUCCAAGUGCCAACAUCACCUGGACCAGACUAGGACAGCCUUUGCCUGAGGUUGGUGUCAGGGUAAAAAAUAACAUCCUGCAGUUUACAACGAUGGGGCCAGCAAUUAAUGGCUAUUACCGUUGUGAAGCCUCCAACGUCCAUGGACGAGAGCUGGCUGACCUGUUGAUGCACGUUGUCCUAGAACGCUACGUUAGCUGUUGGAUUCUGUUCAGCAUUUUACUUAUACUGAAUGUCCUCGUGGUUGUGCUGUGCUUCAAAUAUCCCAAAGUCCGUCAAAGGUUUGCAGACAUCCUUCAAGGUCAGCGGGACACAACGACCUCGAGGCGUACAGCCCAGGAGGACGAAGUGGAAAGUUUGUAGUGUCUAGAGGCUUAAAGAUACAAUGGUGAACACAACACUGCUGCAUCAUGAAUGCUAA